AUGGAGGCAAUCGUCGAAGAUAUUGUUGAUCCUUCCGAUUUAAAGAAAUUUGAGCGCAUGUACAAAGAGCAGGAAAAACGUGGUUCCGUGAGUGAGAAAGCACAGUUUGAAUAUGCCUGGUGUCUAGUCCGCAGUCGUUACCAGAAUGACAUGAAGAAUGGUAUUGCCUUAUUAGAAGAUUUGUUUCAUCGCACUAAGGAUGACACAUCACGGCGAGACUACUUGUAUUAUUUGACCAUUGCUUAUACAAGAAUUAAAGACUAUACAGGAGCUCUGAAGUGCUGUGAAGGUAUUCUGAAGAUAGAACCCAGAAACUACCAGGCUUUACAGCUACAGAAAUAUAUUAAUGACAAGAUGAAGAAAGAGGGACUUGUUGGCAUGGCAAUAGUUGGAGGAGCAGCAGCCCUUGCACUAGGAGGUAUCAUUGGGCUGGGAAUGGCACUGUCCAAAAAGUAGUUUCCGAAAAAUUACCGCAUUAGCGUCCAGAAAUGUUUAAGUGUUUGAGGCGAUUGUGUGAUCACAGUGUCAUAUGUUUGAAGCGUUGACAUAUCUUUGUUUUUCCACUACUAUUCCAACAACAACAGUAUUGCGCUCUGUAGUUUUUAAAUUAGGCUAGGUAGACUAUAUUUAGACUAUGAAUUCAUCUUGUUUUGCAUUUUUCAUAAAAAUUUGCAGACAAAGAAUGCAUUUUAAGGGGCAAAUGAAGAUCAUAAAAUAAUUAUUCUUUUAUUUAUUUGGUUCGUGUUUUACGCCAUAAACAAGUACAUUUCACGUAUACGAUGGCGGCCAAUAUUAUAGUGGGAGGAGACCGGGCAGAGCUCCGGUGGAAACACACAACCUUCAUAAAAUAUUACCUUUGGUGCUGAUGCUCACAUUUUCCCAGGAUAUAGGUUACUUUGACAACAAACAGGAAAAUAUCUUUUUGAGAUCAAUAGAUUCUUUUUAUCAAUCAAAAAGAGUAAAUUAGUCAUGUUCACCUCUCUUUCAACCACUUAAGCACUUUCUUCAGUCAAAUUUAUACAUACAGUAAUUAUGAAAAUGAUAUGUUUGUGUCGCUCAAAACUGUGCAGAUUAUUUCUCUAAACCCCAUAGUUAUCUCAGAAUGUUUAAAAAAAUUGGUUGCAGUGGAAGUUGAAAAGAUGAAAGAAUAAGGGUGGGCCAAAUACCUAAAAUGACCUAAAGUGUCACCCACAAAAGUGCACUUUUAGAGGCAAAUAAAUGUCACAAAGUCUUAGUUUUGGUGUUGAAACUUACAAUUUUGCAGUAGAAUAUCAUACCAUGUUCCAAGCAAACCUCAAAACACCUGUCUAAAAUCAGCAGAACUAUCAGAAUCAGGAAAGAUUGGCAAGUUGGUCAUGGACGAAACGUAUGGUCAUUUAGAUAUUUAUGGCAUUGUACUGUGACUACAAAUUACGACAAAAUGUAUGCUGUAAAGAUGAAGGUGUGAAAAUGUGACUGCUCUGCACUUUACACCCUCAUGUAUAGUUCAUUAUUGUAUAAAGUUUCCACUGUUUAUCAUGCUAACACUUAAAAACAAUAAGUGGACCAGUAAGGCUUGUUGGUGUAAUUAUUAAGUUUGUCGUAUACUUGUAGGCCUAUAAAAAUGUUGGAAGGACACAAUUUUCAUCGAGUCCUGAGUUUAGCUGAAGUUAUCUCCCUUGUCAACCUAAAAUCUGUGAAUCUCGGGCAAAAUUAACACAGAAGGCACAUCAGUUUAGCCAUGCCACUUAGAGGCAAUCAUAAUUUUGAAUUAUUUUGGCUUGAUCCCCAGUCCGUUUUUUCCCCGCAAGCCUUGAACCAGACUGUCAUCAUAUGAAGGAAUAUUCUUAGGCACAGCAUAAAAUGAUGAUGAAAUAAAUGAUCAAAAUAAAAGUUUUUAAGGAAGACUUCAAGAUAUGGGUAUGUUGUUCAUUAGGUGGACUAACAGUGUGAGAAAAAAAGACUGUUUAUUCCUGUUACACUUUAGGGUCAGUUACAUGUAUAUUGGCUAAAAAGGGCAGACCAGAUGUUCUCAAAAUUUGAAGAAUUAAGGGCCAACACUUGAUUUCUACUGUGUAGAUUAUUACGCAUCACAAAUAUUCAGAAUUGGUUGGUUGAUCAAAUUCCUUUCACAGUUUUGACAAAAAAAAUGAGAAAUUGCAAACACAAGAAAAGAUCCACGUGUGCACUAAUUUUAGUGGGCUGCACAUGUAGUACUGUUAACUUUUUGGCUGUUUUUGUUCUUUUUGCCCCAGUAUUUUCUUGCUAUAAACCACCUGUGAAUGUGGAGCUGUUUAAAUGUGUUUAUUUAUAUACUUUGUUGAGUUUGAAGUUUGCAGGAAAAGCUUUGUUGACAUAUAGAGAAAUUGUUUUGUAUGCAUUCUGUGUAUUGUGUAUUUUCUUAUAGUCUUACCCCAGUGGACAGUGAACAUAUACAUGUAGUCAGUAAUAUUGUUCUCAAGGGCUGAGUCCACCAAACCAUUACUGACUUUAGUCUAAAUUUGAAAUAUGAUGUUCAAGCUCAUUUUUGGGAUCUGUAAAUGAAAAUUUUCAUCACCUCAUAAAUGUGAUCUGUUGACAUAUGUACCAAAAUUUUAACUUUCUGUAGCAAAAACCGAGAAUGGUGACGAUGUUUUAAAUUUUGACUUAAGUCAGAAUUGGCUAUGUGGAAUCAGGCUGUGAAAUCUUUUAAUAGCUCACAUAUCCUGGUGAAAAUUGUGCGCUGAGACUUUUCCCAGCUACCAGGUUGAUGUAUCAAAUCCCCUAGUUUAGCAGUAUAAUUUUGGUUUUUGAAGAAUUUUGUUAUUUUAUGGUUUUCAUGACAAUGGGCUAAUUGGAGAGCUUCUGUAGUCACAUAGUGUUGUGUUUGUCAGGUCAUAAUGAAAAAUACAUAAAUUGCAAAAAAAAAUUGUGGCCUCAAAGAACAGUGCCUGAAAUGUGUCGUGGAACUCAAUUAGACAAGAUGUUCUAUUGGUUUUUCUUCUGUUUGUAGGGCUGCUACACUUUUUGAAGUUAUCUAAAGUAGCUUCCAUUAGAUUUUGCCAUAGUAUAUAUCCCUCUGCAGGCUGCUUGGCAAAGCGUGGGGUCUGUAGUAGUCAUUCCUUUAAGCAGUUCCACUUAAAAUUACGCUGUAUUCAAAAAUGCUAUUUUGUCAUCACUUCUAACAUACAAAAACAUUCAAACAAUGUAAAGGGACCCACCAUAAAGCUAUUUGAAUAAGAUUUGCCAGUUUUGUUUUUUCAGGUUACAGAAUAUACAGCUAGAAGAAAACUACUGAACAGUUAGCUAUAUCCAGAAAGUGUAAUCCCUAAUAACGAUAAUACUGUUACUUAAUUCACUUUCUAAAUGACAUCUAUACCUAUCUGAUAUAUUCACCUAAGGGGAGUGACGUCGUUUGCGAUCAUCAGAGGGGUAAUGCAUGUUCCCUGUAAAGUCUACCGGUCAACUACCUUCCAUUUUUGUGGAAGGCCUGUUGGUCGAGUGGUCUAGACGGUUGACGUAUUGCUGGCGGUUAGGUGCCCGCAGUGGUCUCAGCCAAAAUUUCAGCACUAGAAUCUGUGCUAUAUCCAGAAAGUGUAAUCCCUAAUAACGAUAAUACUGUUACUGAACAGUUGUAGAACCUAACCGUUCGCCAGAUAUUCAUUAAUUUGUAAGUUAUAAAAUAAGAUAAUACAGUUGAUAAGAUGGUCCAAACUACCCACCCUAUUUAUGAAAUGUUUCCUUUUGUUAAAGAUGUAUGCUUUUGUAAACAGUGUUUGUUAUGGUCUUUUUUUUUUUAUUUCAAGCACAUUUGUUUUAGAGCUUGUAUACACAGUAAGGAAAGCAUACCAUUAAUAAUCAUCUCUUUGCAUCAUUGUAAAUUUAUAUGUCGCCACGUUUGUACAUACCAGUCAAUUUUUAGAGUGUAUGUACAUCGCUUAAAAGAGUUAGUACUAUUAGGUGUGUUGCGUACAAUUUGAGUUUUAAUUCCGCUAGAUCAUUUUAGUUGUACAAGUAGAUUGGUUACAGCAUGUGUACAAAUAUUCUAUUUGUGUAUAUCCACCAUUCUCUUCGUUGCUAUCAAAAGUCUUCAUGUUUGCACAGAAGUAUAUUAUGCAGAUUUGUGGACAAAUACAUAGAGAUUUGUGUUAGAAAGGAAAAGAAAUCUUUUGACUUGAGAGUACUAGUAUAUUAAGUACAGGGUUUGGGCGAGAAAAUGUAUCGCUGACGAUAGUCUUGAAAGUCACUCAAUAAAAGUAUUGUACAUGU